AUGGGCACGGACGUGUGGGUUCGCCCACGCCGUAGGGGCAGUAACGAGGGAGCUGAAAUGCUGCAGGAGGCCGCGGUAAGGCUGGCUUCAGACUGCGAGGAGGAGGAGGAAGAGGAGGGGGGCCUACCCGCGGGCAACCGCUGCGGGCGAUGUGCCUACUUUGUAGAGAGGAAGAAGCGCUUCUGCAAGAUGAUCCCGGCUCUUGGGAGGCGCUUCUGCGGAGAGCAUGGCCAGCAGGAGGAAGAAAAUGACAGAAAGAGAAUCCCAUGUCCUCUUGAUCCAAAACACACUGUAUAUGAAGACCAACUACAAAAACAUUUAAAAAAAUGUAAUUCAAGAGAGAAGCCAAAGCCAGUCUACUUUGUUCAAGAUAUUAAUGCAGGUUUAAAAGAUGUAGCAGAAAUACCGGAAAAACAAGUACCCAUCUCUUCUCUAUCCAAAGAAGAGCUGGAGAACUUAAUUACCAAGUUGAAAAAAGCAAGUAAUGGCCUGGAACUUCAUCUUAAGGAACAAAUACUGUCCCACCAAGCUUUACAAGAAGCCUUAAAUGACCCAAAGAACGGGGAAUCCGCUUUCAAACACUUGAAACAACAGGCUUCUAUUUUAGGUAACAUGGAAAAAUUACAUUUACUUGGUCCAGGAAGAUGUUUUGUGGAGUUUGGAGCUGGGCGAGGAAAGCUGUCUCACUGGGUUGAUGUUGCCUUACAGAAUGUUGAAAAUGUUCAGUUUUUGCUUGUGGAAAGGGCAACUACAAGAUUCAAGGUGGAUGGAAAACAUAAAAGGGGAGAUUCUAUAUUUGAAAGGCUUCAAGUUGAUAUUCAACACUUAUGUUUAAAUAAGGUACCUAUUUUGGAGAAGAAAAAACUAUCAGUGGUAGGAAUUGGGAAGCAUUUGUGUGGUGCUGCGACAGAUCUUGCUUUGAGAUGCUUGGUUGAAAGUUAUACAACUUUCUGUGAUGGAGAAAAUGAAGAGCCUGCACGAAAACGCUCUAGGAAUGAUAAGACAGAGGUGGCUUCUAACAAUUCUGCUGAUAAUGACAGCAACAAAGACGACUGUAAGCCUGUAGCUGGAAUUGUUAUUGCACUGUGCUGCCAUCACAAGUGUGACUGGAAACAUUAUGUAGGCAGAGAGUUCUUUAAAUCAGUAGGACUUGGACCAGUAGAAUUUCAUUAUUUUCAGAGAAUGAGUAGCUGGGCCACUUCUGGCAUGCGAGAAACCACAACCAAAGCCUCUACAAGUGAAGAAAGUGAAGAUCAAACUAACGAUGCCAAAGAACAUGAGCAAACAUUCAGCAAGACAGAGAGUGGUUCUGAUACUUUACACGGGAUACUUACUGUUGAAGAACGAAAGGAGAUAGGUUGCCUCUGUAAACUGCUGAUUGAUCAUGGACGGAUUGAAUAUUUACGACAACGAGGAUACAAGGCUGCACUACAGUAUUAUACAGAGUCUGCUGUGUCCUUGGAGAAUGUCCUGUUGACAGCUGUCCCAAGUCCAUCUUUGAUACCAGAGCCGACUACAUGACAGGAGAUAGAUUUGGAAUUGGUAGGAAAAAACCUAUAAAACUUAUCUGGAUUUUUUAAAAAGCUAAUUCAUUGCUUACAAAGAACCUGUUUUUGUCUUUCCUGUACCCAGGAAAAGGUCUUAUAUUUCCCAGUUUCACUGGGAAUUACAAAUAUGUAAACCAGUUCUCAUCAGUGGAAAAAUAAAAUCCCUAAGAAUA